ACAGAAGGACGCUCGCAAAACGUAAACUUUCCCAAUGCCUCACAAGGUGAGUGCGGUCAUGCAAAAAUCGAGGCUAGCAGCAGGCUAGCGUCGGCACUUUCCAUUAUUUGCUAACAGACUCGACAAAUAGGGGUUUUCACUUCGUUUCGUGUUCGUGUUUUGCCGGGCCAUUAGCCGGACGACCGGUUGUACAACGGUACUGGAUCCGGUGCGUUUAGAUCGAUAUUCGUGUAGCGCCGGCACAAGGCUCUGGAAUAGCCCUCAUCGCUGCUAGAUAUGUAGUUGUUGCAAAACCUGAUGCAACGAUCAAUUUAACGCAUCCCUCCACUUCCUCACAGGCACGUCUGCCCUUCAUCCGACAUGCUUCUACCAGGGCUUAUCAGGAGAGAGAGUUUUGACUGAGAUGAAAGGGGGUUGGGGAGUUGCAGUCAUCUUUCCCGCAGUUCAUCGAAUCCCAAUAUUAAACUUACAUUAUCGUGAUUAACACUAAGGCAGGUUAUCGCAAGCAUACAUCUGAAAUGCGUAUUCAAAAGCACGAGUUUUCCAUGCCUACCCAUUCCGUGUUCACGAAACCAUCUUUAAAAAUUUGGUAGCCCUCACUCUCUGUAGUGCAAUAGGCCGAGAAUUCCUUGUGCAGCCAUUCAUGGCGCUUUCGCUACAACUGCUGACGCAAGCUGUAAGAUAUCCACGGCCCGAUAAACCACAGCAGCUGUAAAUAAACCAUCGUGUGCUCGUCCGGACUUGCCCUGGGGUCUCGGGGAUUGCCUGCCUCACGUUCGUCGGACUCUGCAUGGUGCCACGGGGAUGGGUGGUGGGCUUUAGCUGUGCGCUUGCUGCAUUAACAGCAAAUGACCUAAUUUCGACGGAAGGUUAUGCGUGAGGGUACUGGAUUCCGUGUUUAAGGAACAGAAUAUUGCCACGCGGUUGCGUCGUUCAUGUUUGGAAGGAUGGGUAGUUUCACGUCAGCUCCAAAAAUUCUGAACCCGGACAGUGAAGAUGAUGAUGUUACCUUCCCAGUGGCACAUAUGUCACCACAGGAAAUGGAACAGCAUUGUCAGCAGCAGCUGGCUGGCCAGCCACAGCUCUUAACACGUGACUUCAUAGUUUACAACCAGCCAACUGAUGACCACAACCAGAUCCGCAUCAUGCAGUGGAAUGCCCUGUCACAAACACUGGGCGUGCACAACGACAACUUCACCCAGUGCCCGGCCAGCGCGCUGGAGUGGUGCACGCGCCGCUACCGUCUCGCGGAGGAGGUCAGCCACUACGCGCCCGACGUCCUCUGUCUCCAGGAGAUCGAUCACUUCAAGUUCUUCCAGAAGGCGCUCGGCACUAUGGGCUACUCGGGUAUAUUCUUUCCCAAGCCGGACUCCCCCUGCAUCUAUAUCAAGGGCAACAACGGGCCGGACGGAUGCGCGCUCUUCUUCAACACCGAGCGCUUUGAGCUGGUCAAGGCCGAGACGCGCGUCAUCGAGGUCUGGAAGGUGCAGAGCAAUCAGGUGGUGGUGCUCGCGAUCCUCCGCGACCGCCGCUCGGGCCAGGAGCUGUGCGCCGUCACCACGCACCUGAAGGCGCGCUCCGGCGCCCUGCUCAGCGCCAUCCGCAGCGAGCAGGGCAAGGACCUGAUGGCGUUCGUGGCGGCGCACUGCGGCGAGCGGCCGGUCGUCGUCUGCGGCGACUUCAACGCCGAGCCGUCGGAGCCGGUGUACAGUGCGAUGACGGAGGAGGCAUGGCCGGCGCUGACGUCGGCGCAGCGCCAGGCCACCGGCGCCGAGGCCACCUACACCACCUGGAAGAUCCGCGCCACGGGCGAGGUGCGUCAGACCCUCGACUACGUGUUCCUGUCGCGCGGCCGGUUCAGCGUGGACGCGCUGCUGCCGCCCCCUAGCGGCCAGCGGCUGGGUGAGAGCCGGGCACCCUGCCUCACCUACCCCAGCGACCACUUCUCGCUGGUGGCCGACGUCAGCCUGCUGCCCUCCUAGCCGGCCUGACGCCCAAUGUCAACCCUUCUCGCCGAAGACGGGUGUUCGCUGAGGCAUUCAGCCCGUGGAUGGCAGUGUUGGAUUCGUAUGCUUUCUGCUCUUGUGCGAUUUGAUCUGAGUAUUUCACGAUGGUGAUGCCCGCUUCUUUGUGGUCUUUUCAUGGUCUCUGUCCGUUUGUGCGGUGUGAAAAUGUGACUGAAAACGUAGCUUUUUGUCUUCUUAUCAGAAGAGUUAACCAGGUUUUUGGCAUCGUAUUCGAGGCCUCGUCGGGCGAAUCUUUUUAUGAGCAGCGGUUUGACUUUUGUGUAACCAUCUAAGCAACGACAUAAGCUCAGGAGGUGCACGUUUCGAUGCAGUGUGCGUGUGUGCGUAUGACAUGUAAAUUAUGAGCGGAUGCCUUAUUUAUGCUAGCAUGCCUGUGGACUCGUAUCGGUAUGGUAUCGGUAUGGUAUGUGUGUGUAUUCGGAGGUUCGCAUUACGUCUUACGGUUACCGCGAACCGCAUCACGAGAAUCUGUUGAGAGGCUUUGUGUAGCUUCGUUCGGUUCUAGCUGGCAUUGUCCCACACCACUUCAGAGUACAACAGUGCUGUCAGGUGGCCCGGCUGCGACCCGCACGCGCGUUCGCGCACCGCUUUUGUUACGCAGCCGCGCCGGUUCGGCCCCUCAAAGACGCCACCUAUCUGAUUCUGCAGCGCCGUCGCGGCGGGGCGCCGGGGCAUUGUCGACCAACCAAGCCUAGUCGCUCACCCGCAGUCAGUAUUACAAUGGCGUGUUGUCGGCGGCGGCCGCGCGGCCGCACCGCUCGCCGUCGGCGACCUGACGCAGCCCGCUCUCGCGCCGACCCGGAAGAGGCGGCGCCGC